GAUUCAACUUCAUUAAUUGUUGGUGUUGAUCGUAUAAAAGCUUCAAUGCAACGACUGAUUUGAUUCUUGCAAAAUGUCGCGGAAUUUCCUUAUUAUUUUCGCAGCCCUCUUUACGGGAUGUUUCGGCUUUUAUUUGAAGCAUCCGCCGCUUUUGGAUCAUCGUAUCGUAGGUGGAAAAUCAGUUGACAUUCUGGAUCAUCCUCAUCAAGCGAGUUUAUUAUUUCAAUAUGAACACCACUGUGGUGCUUCUGUAAUUAGCGAAAAAUGGGUUAUAACCGCUGCUCAUUGCAUGAGGUUUCCACAGUAUUUUUAUUUAGUAUCGGUAGGUAGUAAUGCUACGAAAAGCGGUAUAAGAUAUGGGGUCAGCAGAGUUAUAUCCCAUCCAAUGUUCGAUUUUGCAACUUUAGAUUACGACGUCAGUCUUAUUCAAGUCGAAGGGAAAAUAUUUUUGAAUAACGAAGUAAAGCCGAUAAAACUUACUUUCUCAGAACCAACAUAUGGUUUUAUGAAUGUCACUGGAUGGGGAAAAUUAAAGGAAUCAGGUGAUGAUCCAUACUCUUUGCAAGGAGUAAAUGUGCCCAUUAUUAGCAGAGAAAACUGUCAAGCAACUUACAGAGACAUUGCUAAUAUAACUGAACAUAUGAUUUGCGCUGGUAUGGAGAAAGGUGGUAGGGAUGCCUGUCAAGGUGAUUCCGGAGGACCACUUUCAGCAAAUGGUACACUUUAUGGAAUCGUUUCAUGGGGACAUGGAUGUGCCCAACCAAAUUAUCCCGGUGUAUAUACUAACAUUGCAUCUUUACGCUUCUGGAUUUUGAAAAUGAGUGGUGUUUAAUAUGAUUUAAAUGAAAAAGUGUAAUUGAAUGUAUUGACUCUAUGCUAAUAUCACAAAAACUUUAAUGAAAAAAAAAUUUAACGUAAAAAAAUUUAACAUAGAUUAUGGAAAUAUAUUAUAUAUAUUAAAUUCGA